UGGUGGUUUAUUCUCCCCUAUCAGGCAUUUGCGGAAGCAGAGAAUACGUCUGUUAACAGUAGGGGGAAGUUUUAGAUCCUGUUUUGAUCUUAGCACUUUUUUUAAACUUUAUUUUUCUUAAUUACGUUCUUCUAUCCGAGCAUGGAGACACUAAUCAACGAAAGAGGACAUAAAAAGCACAUAGCAGAGGGAUGCCACCUGAAGCUGAAGGACCUAAAAGUCAUAGCCCGGGAUCUAAGAAACCAGUAUCUCUCCAGAACGUAUGUCCCAGCCUUCCCUCGUCCUGAGUUCCAGGUGUCUCGUCUGAAACAUGACACCAACAGAUGGGGAUUAUGGGGCAUCAAGAAGGAUGGGGGCUUCAGGAGCCCUGGGGCCAGCCCCCUGCUGUGGUGGAAUCUGGUUGUGGGUCCAGAAGAGAUCCAGUCAGCUGAGAGGAGGCUCCUGGAGACCACCUACCCAGACCGGACAGAGGAGCAGAUUCAGACCCAGCAGAGUUUCCUGGAGAAGUUUGCCUCCUCCCCAGCAUUUCAGAGAAGCUCCAGACUGGGCUCAUAUCGCUUUACCCUGUCUGUGGAGGAGCUGCUGAAGGCCUACAAAGACCAGGUACUCCCUGUAAUCCCAUCAGGACCACUUUGAACAAGAUUAAACAAGUUAAAGUUUAAAGACAGAGUUUGGAGACAGAGUGAUUGUUUAAGGAUGGUUACAAAGGAGCAGUUAUCUAAUCCUCUAACCAAUCAGAGAGCACGAAAAGAAGUGAUAUUAGAUGAGACUAAAGGGAUAUUCUGGCAUAAAAUUAAUUUUGGGUCAAACACACCGUAAGACCGAAUUUGACACCCCCUUGAGAGAUGAAUGUUGCUGACCGCUUGCUUUUCUAGUUAUACCAACUUCAGUAACAACUGCACGAUAGCCAUACAGAGAGCCGCGCUCAACUAAAAAGCCACUCUGUAGCCACAAAUAAUGCUCAGAACAGCACCUGACUUCAUCAACAGGACAUAUAGGGUCCAAGCCAUAGUACUAGCCACCAAACAUCUUUUUAACUUUGACUAAUUUCUUUAGCAAAACGAGUGAACACAACUCGCCCACUCUCUUCCAGCAGCCGCUUGUUUGUAGCAAGACUUCGGGCCAGUCCAUAACGGACUACAGCGGGGUUUCGCAGCUCGGGAAGAACAUUUAUGAUCAUUUCUUCGUGGAAAUAAAACCGUGUCUGCAGUGCAAAAUGAUUAAUAUGGUGAUUAUUACUUUAAGGAAAUGAUAAAGAAAUAAUCAUACAUGUUCUUCCUUGAGCUGCGACACCCCGCUGUAGUUCGUAAUGGACUGGCCUGAGGUCUCGCUACAAACAAGCGGCUGCUGGAAGAGAGUGGGCGAGUUGUGUUUAGUCCCCUGCUAAGAAAAAAUUUGGCAAAGUUGAACUUUUAUGCCGAAAUAUCCCUUUAACAUCACCACCAUCAUGAAAGCCUGAAUCAGACCAACUUGAAAGGAGUCAGGUCUAGAGAAGUCUCAGGGUCCUAUCUAAACUGUGUACUGAUUAUAAUGAUAAUACAGUGGUGUGUUUUUUGGUGUGUCCAUGAUUCAGGAACUUUAUUCUGAAACUGUUGAAAUAUUAAAAGAGUUAGUCAGUGAAACUUGGCCUAUCGUCUCCAGUUCUGCUCCGGUGCUGAGCCCAUCUUACGAGUGCUGCGGACUGAACUCUACAAACAGGAAGUGAUGUAUGCAGUGCUGGUCCACAGUCCAGCCAAUCAGGAGCUUUUCUCAACUCAUUCACUGCUGACUGACGUCCCAGACUACAUCUGCACCUACAAAGACGGCUGCUUCCUAUGGAGGCCUGAGGCCAUGUGUGAGACACACAGGUAACAACACCUGAAUCAGCAGGAACAGAAAGAAAACUGGUGCUGCUGUCAAAGUCCCAAAUUCUGCAGUUCCUCCAGUGUCCACUAGAAGCCAUGACCUGCUGUGAGUCUGUCCCCAUUAGGUCUAAUGUAGAAAUGUCCUAAAGCAGAAAUAAACCUGCUCAGAGAAGGAUACGUUUUAAACUCACCUGUUAACAUCAGAUUCAAGAUUAAACACUAUGUCAUUGCACUUUAAAUUGUUCCUUUUGUGUGUCUAUCAUUUCAGUUUUGAGUUGCACACUUAGUGAAUAUUUUUCUCUUUGUGUUUGUGAGGUAUGAAUUAGUCCGCAUGUAUGAUGAAAAGCAGCUGGAAGUGAAAGAAACGAGGUUCAAGACCUUCUAUGUUUGGGAUAACGUUGCUCUUGCCCUGUAUGUGGAUGCAGAGGUAUCUCAGAGAGUUGUUAUGUCACAAAAUAAACACACCAAGUCCUUGGUUGAUUCAGGGAUCUCUCACUUGCUCCUCUGAUCGUCUUUGCUGAUCUUUGUUUCCUCUCAGGUGUUGAGAUUUGACAGGAACCAACUGAGAGAGAAGCUGACGUUCUGCAAAAAAGGAGUCCUCCAAAUCAAGAAAACUAGUCCUUUUGAUCGCCUUUCAUCAGCUGAGAACUUUGUAAAGCGGUUGUGGCCGGACUAUUUAUCACCUCUAGAGAGGGAUUAAGAGGAAAGUGAGUACAGCCGUGUGUUAUAGACUCUACUCAAAGUGUGAACCAGUCAACACUUGGUGAAUAGUUCUCUGUAUGAAUUCUAUAAAAAACGUUUUUUUUUUUUAGCUUAACUGAAAGACAAUUAACUGUAUAUUUAACAGAAAUAUAUGGAUUGACUUCACUGUUAAAGCUUAUAUGUUAUGUUUCUAUUCUAGUCUUUGUUUUUUAUGUUUAUUUAACUGAAAAAUGCUUCCCAGGGUUAGGGAAAGGGUUGAAAAUAUUUAACAAAUGUGAAUGUUUACUUUUGUAAAUGAGGUUUUAAAACGGACUGUGCUUCAAAGGUGCUAAUUUAACGCUAGCACUGUUGUGUAAAGUUUGUUGUCAUUGUACACCAGUGAUAAAUCAUUUCAAGACGACUAGACGCCUCUAUAGAGUCUUUAUUUAUUCAUCGUGACUCAGUUUUUGUGUUGAUAAAGACGUGGAGCCAUCAAAGUAAGUACAAAUACCUUAAACUUUAUUUCCUCAGACAGUAUUUCUUUUUUGAAAGUCCCAAAGUCUCAUUCUGGAUUAGCAGAGACUUUUAUUUUGGUAGUUCAGACAGGAAGCCGUUGUCUACAAGACGCAUUCACAUACUGUUAAAGUAAUCGGAAUUAUAAUAUUCCCAUUCAGAGAUACCCGCUACGACUCCCUUCGGUUGAAACAAGAACUAGAGAAGUGUGGCUUGUUAACAGACUUUGUUAUGUGAUGUCUGGAGUACAGUACCAAAACAUGCACUGCCUUGAGGUAGUUCCCACGGAUAGCCUGAGAUAACCAAAUUGUGGAGUGUGGGCAUUGUGUCUCUUUCAUGGUACCUGGUCCAAACAUCCUGGCUGUUGAGGGUUUGCAGGUCACAGGUCAGAUAGGCGUAAAGCAGAUGGUGAAGAAAUAUAACUUAGAGAUAAACUGAGGAUGUAGAAGGACCUAAAACUCUAACCCUAUAUAACAAGAUCAUAAACUGAGGUUUGGGAGAGAUGGACAUCAUUGGCAGUCCUCUCCCAGCAACUGCAAUGCUGUUCUGAUACCGGCAUUGUCUUUAUAAUAAAUUCCUAUUAUACAAGCACGCCAAUGGCACAAAGCCUCCUUCUGCAUCUACACAUCACGGACAGACCAUAUGCAACAGUUAUAUACCAAAACCCACUGUUGACUAAAUCAUAUAUUACCUUCAUUAUACAAACCUUUGUUUUUAUUAGCAAAUUGCGUUAGUUUUGUCUCGUUUGUGACUUGUC